UCGACAAACCGGACCUGAUGCCUGGAAUGAACGCAUAGCAGCAUGCCUGGCAUUUCUCCCAGACUGGUCACCUGAUACGUCUGGUUUGAGCGCAGAGGAGUCCGAAGGUAUGACUGGACAUUUCCUUCUUUCUACAUAUACCAAAUCCUGUAAACUUUACCAUGUACUAUUGCCAAGCAACUAACGCUAGAGACCUUGUGGAGGGCCAAUCAGCAAUGCAUUGCCUCAACUACGCCUUCUUCAGGCAGCAAAGUCUCAAAACAUCUUCUGCAUAUAUACUCAAGGGCGCAAAACUUCAGUUCACUCAACGAUCCCGCCCACCAUGCGCCGAACAACGCGAUCCCAAUCCCGACAAAAAUCUCUUAUUCCCGCACCCACCGCCCAGCCCUUACACCAGCCCAUGAUUCUCAAAACCACUCCAACUCCCCCAAAUAUCCUUUUCACCCUCCCCAGCAUAUUCACGCCCAAGCUCACAGGCCUGAGUCGAGCAUCCGCCACUCUUCUAAACACCAAGCGCGCCAAGUUACGAGCCUCCAUCCCCGGCCUCCGCCGCACCUUCGCCUCCUCCCCACAGCUCGUCCUAACUCUAGACGCUACACUCGUCUUCGCGCAGGAAGAAGCCGGGACUGCAGUCUGCAUCUCUGCCUCGGGACUCGUACUCACAUGCGCACACUGCGUCGCUGACGACGCCACCACGGCGUUGGACUCUUCCAACGCACACUGGCUCAUCUUCGCCGCGGGGACUGUCGCAAGGGCGAGCUGUGUAGCCUGGGACGCCAAGCGCGAUCUCGCUCUCCUGCAGAUCACGCACUCGGAGCCUCUGGCACCUCUCUCCUCUUCCACAUGUCCAUCUCCCUCCGCGACUUCCACUCCAAGUAGCAGUAGUAAGACGCCCUUCCCGCACGCCACCGUAGCAGAGCGCGUUCCGCGCGUGGGCGCCCCUCUCUACUGCAUCGGGCACCCCGGCUCCGAGGACCUCGAAGCCUCCACACCGGGCACGAAGACCGGAUACGACGUCCUGCAUGUCAGCGAGGGGACGUAUCGUGGGCUGGCGCCGGGCGCGGACCCGCAGGAUAAUUCUGAGAUCGGGGGCAUGAUGCAUGAUUGCUGGACGUACUGGGGGCAUAGCGGGGCGCCGGUGCUGGAUGCGCAGGGCGGCGGGGGGCUCGUGGGACUGCAUUCGAGCUGGGACGAGGAGACGGGGAUGAGGAGGGGGGUGCCGGGAGAGGCUGUGCGGGGGUUCUUGGGGGAGUGGACAGACUUCGAGACCAAGGGAACGUGA